AUGUUGUAUUGCGAAAUCCAAAAUAUUCAAGAGGAAGGUCCAACUCAUGUUUUUGAUGUAUUAGAGAACAUUCUGGGAAGUGCAGGAGAAACCUUGAGGGACGUUUGGUUGAAAGUACACUACACCGCGAUGGGGAAUUUUGUACAAUGUCAAUGUAAGAUGUUUGAGUUUAGGGGAAUUUUGUGCAGACAUAUUCUUAUGGUGUAUAGAAGAAUGAAAGUGGAUCAAGUGCCUGAGAGAUAUGUCUUGGACCGUUGGCGCAAAGAUUUGAAACGAGGUUAUCAAAGCAUCACCAAUAUUUAUGAUUCUGAUGUGUCUGAAAGUCAAAGAAAAAGGUAUAACAGUCUAACUCCAAUGAUGCAUUUGUUCCAACAACUUGCAUCACAAUCUGAAGAUAAGACCUCAGUUGCGUCUAGACUUUUGGAAGACAUGAUUCAAAAGUUGAUGUUAGAUUUUGAUAAUGCAUCUACAAGUUCCACACCAGCAACUACUCCUCCAACCGAGAAAGUGAUUCACUCUCCGGUUAGAGUGAGGGCUCGAGGUAGGCCACCAACGAAACGAAAAUUAUCUGUCGUAGAAAAAGUAAUUAACAGUUCCAAACAUUCAACAAAGAAAAAAAUGCGGGAUGAACCAACAGAUGCGCAACAAUUCAAUGACCCAGCUACUAUACCACAAACAAUAGUCUCCACUCAAUUCUCUUUUACCACAUUAUUGUAG